CCAGAAAUUGGUCAUAACAUAACAUAUUACAAACAAGAUGACAAGACUUUUAAUUACUACAGUCCUUUCAUACAAUACAGGUGUGUUUUUCCUGUAAAAGAUGACAUGCUCUAUAGAAUAAAUUGGUAUGUAAAUGGCACAUUGCAUGCCCAGUUGGGCCCGUCUAGAAACCAAGAUGAGCUAGUUCUAAAAGCAGAAACUUUCAGCUCAAAUGGUCAUACAUAUGAGGUACAGUGUGGUGUCAUCACAAUAGUUGGGAAUGACGAAAAUGAAUUAAUGAGCUUUGUAUUAAGAGCAGGAUGGAUGAUUUUGGAUGAUUCUAUCACUUUAAGCAAGAAUGAACAUGCAUAUGUAUACGUAAAACAAACGAUACCUAUCGGCUGCUACUAUAACGACAAUGAGGAAUCAAAUUGUGAAGAAGAAUUGAUCAUUGAAACUGAAUCAAAAGAUGCAUGUACUGGACGUAUUAGUGUACAAAAUGAUAAAAUACCAAAUGAAUCGUUUAUGAAAAUAAAGAGUUUAAAGAAAGGAGAACAGUGGACCACAAUCAUACACAAGGCAAGAAUAACAACUGUCGACAGUAACUAUGACGAUGCAACAAAUUUUGACUUACAUGUACGCGUCACCAACAGGUCUGGUCAAGACAAACAAAUUCCAGUCUUAUCAAAGGAUAUAGGAGUUAUUCAUGUAAAAGUAACAAACAGUGAUAGACAUCGGAACAAAAGAUGUUACUCACACGUUGAUCCACAUAUGAGAACAGUAGACGGAUUGUAUUACGAGGCUCAAAGGGAAGGUGACUAUAUGUUGUACAGGAACAAAGAUUACCAAACAGAGGCAAUAAAAAUUAAUAGAACGUGUAUAGAAGAUAAUUGAAUCAGUACA